GUGAGAGCCCGUCUCUAGUCUGCUCUGGCAGCAUAGAAGACAAGUGGAGUAGCAGUAGUGAGGGAAGGACACAGCUUUGGAAGCAGCUGCUGGGACUGGCCUGCAGAGCAAGUAGGGUGGCAACAUGUUUUGCAUCCAGUGGCACAUAACUACAACAUUUUAAAUUUGUAAACUAUAUUGCCAUUAUGGAGACACAUGUCUGUCCAUCAACUCUUUUGCUUAAUGAGCAAUGCUAGAUGAAGCAAGCAAAGAAGAUUACGCAACCUCUCUCUCACAAAGUGGCCUGUGAUGUGUGCACAUAUCUAGUACUAUGUGUAGUGUGCACCAUGCCGGGGCUCAUUUGGCUUUUAGGAAUAUCUGGCCUGUGCCUUACCUGGACAAGUGUGUGAAUGCAACAACAGUGGAUCCAGCAGUCACCACCUUGGAUCUGCAACAUGGCUACUGGCAGAAGAAAGCACACGAAAAGAGCUUCCCUCAUCAAGCAUUCAUCACUCAGUUUAGUCUGGUGAAAACACAGCAGGAUGCCGUUACGUCCCAAAUGUUUCAUGGGAAGAUGGCAGCGACAGCGGCUCUUUGUCUAUGUCAACUAAAGCCUCAAGUUCAAAGGUGUACAGAAAUGGGAUGUCAGCUGCCUAAACCACGUGGUUCAGAUGAAGCUCCAGGGAAGAUCUACUCCACACUCAGAAAAGGGCAGGUGGAGACCCGCACUGGAGUGGCCUACACUUACCACUUUCUGGAUUUCCUGUUGGGAAAAGAAGAGGUGGCGGUGUCGUCACUGCUCUGUCUGUCCUCAGUGCGAGAGUUACCUGUACAGGUGUGUGAGUUCUAUCAGCAGGGCUUCAUGUUGGCUGCUGUGCACCCUUUCGUGCACUCUUCUGGCCCUGCUGGGGCAAACCUGCAGAGGCAGUUACAUCGGGCAGUCCUCAUCAGGGAAGCACACAGGUGUUCGGAGAAUGGCCUACUAAAAUGUGUGAGACCUCGAUUGGAAACAGAUGUCUGUUUCUCUGGUUUGCAGGUUCCUGAGCCGGAAGCAAUUCAAAGCUAUGUGAAAAAGGUGCAGGACCUGGCUGACUCGGGUGUCCUGUUCACGGGCUUCCUGCAGCAGCCUGGUACAGGGGUCAGUUUCCUGGGGCACUGGGACCCUGAGCACUCAAGUCCCUCACCCAUAAACCAACACACCGUCCAUCAUGCCCUCAGCCACUGCAGCAACUGCCCAGGUCAGGGCCGACAUCUCAACCACCACAGGAACAAGGACCAUAGACAAGACUGUCCCAGUUCAAUGACAGAACUCCAAAAUAAAGAUUAUCAAAAGUGUGAUCAAGUAAGAUGCCGAAACCACCACAAGCUUGUUACUGCUAAGUGUGGAAGUUCAGACCAUUGGGGGCGUGAAGCUGUUGAAUGGCAGACAGAGGUUUCUGUGCACAAAGACAUAACAGAUGAGUACAGAUCUUGCUCAUUAGAACAUCUGGCUGAAGAAAGGUGUUCCAUUCAGACCUACAGUGAAAGCCUAAGACCAAAGUACCCUGAACAUGUGAUGAGUCCUGACACACCUGGAGAGGGUCCUGAAACCACAUACUUCCUCAACCGCAUGCAGGUGUUUGCCCUAUAUAACCAUGCUGUGGUGCUCUCUGGGUCACCAAGAUUCUACUCUCUGAGAAUUCCACUGCAGGUGCACAAAGAGGCAGGGAUCAUCACUACAGUCGAUGCCCACUGGCUAGAUCACAUGACCCAACACUUCAGAAGUGGUGCCCAACUGAUCGAUGGCUACUUUCACCUUGGGGAUGACACUGGGUCCUCAUCCACCAUGGAGAGUGUAUUCAUAUUCCAGAGAGCCUCCAAUGAUAUUAUGACGACGACAACAUAUGACGCCAUUGUUGUUGAGCAGUGGACCAUUAUUGAUGGUGUUGCAGUGAAGACAGACUACAUCCCCCUGCUCCAGACUCUUGCUCUGUAUGGUUGGAGGUUAAUGUGUGUGCUGCCCACGCCUAUCGUCAAAAUGAACAGCGAUGGCAGUUUGGCCACAAAGCAGAUCCUCUUCCUCCAGAGACCUGUGCUGUCCCGCAAGAGGAGAGACUUCACAAGACUCCACCUCAAAGGUUGCCACAAGAGGAGCUUAAAUAGUAAAAAAACAGUUGGGAAGGAAACACUGAAUGUUGAGUCUUCAGCAGUGAUUACGGAGAAGGAGAGAGCGAAAAUGCCAAAGGAACGAGAGAGCAGGAGGACCUCUGAAGGAGAGACAAGCAGUAGACUGAGCACUAGAGGCAACAGCACCCACAGGACUCCAGCGGUUGUGCAGUACAACACCACCACUCAAGAAGAGAAGGCGGCGGGCAAAAGUGCAAGCACCAAUCAGGAUGCAAAGGAAGGAGUCACAAGAGCCAAAGAUGCAAAGUCCAUUGUCAGCGAGCGGGCACUGUUCUCAGGAGUGUGCUGAGGUCAUGCUGUUCUUUAUCACUGCGUAGGUAUGCCAUGUUCUACUAGAAAGCUCUCUGUGCAUAGCUAGUCUCUGUUUUAGAGGCUUUUUGUUUGUUUGUUUUUAGCAUAAAACAAUGUAAUGUGUCCAAAAAAUGGCAUAUUGAUAAUCUCAUCCCCUCACAUGCAAGACCAAUGAAGCUACAAACAAAAGUAUUAAUAUUCAUGCUACAUAACAUUGAAAGGUAAACAUGUCAACUUUCAGCUUUUAACAUGCUGGACAACUUAUUAUAUGCUGAGGAGAGAUGCAUGUUAAAACGUCCAUUAGUGUACCUCUGUACCCUUCAGUUAAACAAGCCUGUAUAACAGCUGUAAUUUGCACAAUGUUUAAAAAUGUUAAAAUAAAUGUAGUCAAACAGUUUGUAGUUUAAAGUGAAACCCUACAAAGGUUAAAGGCAUCAAAUGAAUGACUCAUUUAAGCAAAAAUAAACAAGCUGCCAUCUCAGAAAUGUCCAAGUUUAAUUUUUAUUUACAACUAGAGACUUGUAAUCUACAACAGUCCUCCUCUUCGUCGCUUUAAAAAGCUGAUCAAUUACUACCAGGUUGAACUUACACUGAACUUACACUACAAACUAGUUAACCAACUAUUUUGUGCCACAAAUGACUCCCAUUACAAUGAUCCUUUGCCAUUGUGCAUUGUUUCUGUUAAGUCAUUUAUUACUAAACUUUAUAUAUCUCAGUCAGACUAUCUUUGAACAUCAGUCCUCUGAAAGAUCUCUUAAAAUCUAGUUAGUCUUAUAAACAAUUUUAGAACAAUAUAAAAUUGUAAGCAUUCACAAUAUGUCUACCCUGCACACAGUUACCCAGCAACCCUUUUUCUUUCAGAAGAGAUGUUUCAGAGGAAACUCUCUAGGAGACUGUAGUACACAGGUAACAAAAUCCUACGUGUCAAUAAAUUGUGCGUUUGUGGAAAAAUAAAACGCUGGUCCAAUUGACGCCAAAGAAGUGGUCCUGCUUUAGACCUCCAAGGUACUUUAAGGGCUUUAGCCUUCAGAAGACAUGCCUACCACCACUU